AUGGCGGCGCCGGCGGAGGCGGAGGCGGCCGAAGCCGCGGAACUGACCCGCGCGCUGGGCCGCCUGCUACCGGGGCUGGAGACCGAAGAUAAGCUGGGGCGGCGGCGCGCCCUGGAGGCUCUGGAGCACGCACUGGAAGAGGCGGUGCGGCCCGGCGCGGACUCCGCUGCCUUCCAGGGCCCCUGGGCCCGGCUGCUGCUGCCGCGCCUGCUGCGGCUCCUGAGCGAUCCGGCCGAGGGCUGCCGCGCGCUGGCCGCUCGCCUGCUCGACCUGGGCCUGCGCCGCGCCGCGCGGCCCCGCGACGCCCUGCCGCGCCUGCUGCCCGCGCUCGGCGCGCGCCUGGCCCGCCCCGACCUCGCGCGGCCGCCGCCUGAGCCCUGCGAGGAGCUGCGCCUCGCCCUCGUGCAGCUGCUCCGCCUGGCCGUGGACCUGGGCGGCGCCGCGCUCGCGCCCCACCUGGACGACGCCGUGCGCGCCUUGCGGGCCGCGCUGCUCGACCCCUUCGCUGCCGUGCGCCGGGAAGGCUGCGAGUGCGCAGCCGCCCUGGCCCGGGCCACUCCGGAGCACUUCCACAUGCAGUCGGAGUCCCUGAUAGGCCCCCUGAUGCAGACCAUCUCCCACCAGCACUGGAAGGUCCGGGUAGCCGUUAUCGAAGCUACAGGCACCGUGAUUCAGUUUGGCAAUGGAAAUUCGGUGGAUGAUGUCCUUUCCCACUUUGCUCAAAGACUCUUCGAUGACGUCCCUCAGGUCCGACAGGCAGUGACCUCAGUGGUCGGGGGAUGGCUGCUGAAUCUCCGGGACCGUUACUCCUUCUUACACAAGCUCACCCCACUGCUGCUCAGCAGCUUCAGUGAUGAAAUGCCUGAGGUCCGGCAGACAGCCACCAGCCUGUGGGAGAAGGUUGGGCUGCAGUGGCAGCAGGAGAAUGAGACAGAUCUGAAGGACAAGCUGGACUUUGCUUCCCCUCCUCCUCCCAACUACCCCGAGCACGAGAGCCGCCCCAGCCUGGGCUGCCGAGAGCUGGUCUUCAGGAACCUCUCCAAGGUGCUUCCUGCCAUCUGUCAUGACAUCACCGACUGGGUGGUGGGGACGCGGGUGAAGGCGGCACAGCUGUUGCCGGUGCUGCUGCUGCACGCAGAGGACCACAUCACACAGCACCUGGAGAUCAUCCUCAGAACCCUGCAUCAGGCGUGCACCGAUGAUGAGAAGGCUGUGGUCGGCAGUUGCAUAAGAGCCGCCGAGCUCAUCGGCACCUUUGUCAACCCAGAAGUAUUUCUGAAACUGGUCUUAGCCAUGCUGAAGAAAGCACCCUCUGCCUCUGGCCUCUUGAUCCUUGCUUCUGUCGUCCGGGGCUGCCCCCGGAAUGCCCUCCAGCCACACGUCAAGGUCAUAGCCACAGAGCUGGCCCAGGAGCACAUCUGCCAGGGCUCUGAGAAUAACCUCUACCUGGAGCAUCUGCUGCUGUGUGUGCAGACCCUGCUGUCUGUGUGUCAGGAAGACUGUUGUGCAGCCAGCCUGCAGCUCCUGGAGGUGCUAGUGACAGUCAUGGCAGUCUCAGAUGCCGUGGGUCUUGAGAAGAAGGCUCAGAAGACCAUGGAUACACUGGCUGAGGUGGAGGAUGUCCCCAGCAGUCAGGACCUCUACCGCAAGCAUGUGGGUGCACUCCUGGAGCGGCUGACAGCCUCGCAUGGCGAGUGGGCAGCGCGCUCUGUGCAGUUGCUGAAGUUCACUGUGCUCCUCACACAGGCAGUGGGAUCCAGCAUCUCCAGCCACGGGGGGGAACAGUUCCAUGGCUACUUGGAUAUGGUAAUAAAUGACAUCCUAGCCCCCAACCUGCAGUGGCAUGCAGGGAGGACAGCUGCAGCCAUCCGGACGGCUGCUAUAUCCUGCCUGUGGGCACUCAGCAGCAGUGACAUCUUAUCAGCCAAGCAGGUACAAGAGGCACAGGAGACCCUGAUGUCACGAGUGCUGGCCACACUGGAGGACGACUCCCAGACCACACGCCUGAUGUCCUGCCGCAUCAUCAGCAUGUUCCUCAAGAAUUCAGGGGAUAUCAUGGAGCCAGAGAAAUUCCUCAAGGUCUAUCCUGAGCUCCUGAAGCGCCUGGAUGAUGUCUCCAAUGACGUGAGGAUGGCAGCUGCUUCCGCCUUGCUCACCUGGCUCAAGUGCAUCGAGAGCUUGGAUGGGAAGUCCGCCUAUCAAAGCAGCGUUCAGUUCCUGUACCGGGAGCUGCUGGUCCACCUGGAUGACCCAGAGACUGCCAUCCAAGACACUGUCCUAGAAGUCCUCAAGGAGGGCAGCGUCCUCUUCCCAGAUGUGCUGGUGCGGGAGACAGAGGCUGUCGUCCACAAACACCGCUCAGCUACCUACUGCGAGCAGCUGCUGCAGCACAUGCAGACCAUGGCUGCCGCUCGGUGACCACGUGCAUCAGCCACUGAAGGGAGACAGUGGUGGCCUGCACAGCUUGCACUUAGGACACCGAGUCCAUGGCCUGGGGCCAUCCUUGGGCCCCCACCAGCCACCAGAUGGUGCUUGAGCAUCAGCUUCUGUGUUUCCUAAGCGGAUUUCUGGGAUUUCGUAACAUGCCUACUUUUCACAGAGGCCUCAGAAAGCUAAAAUUAAAGUUAAGUCACACACACACACACACACACACACACACGCGCGCGCGCGCGCGCGUCAGCUUCCCAAUUAGCUGCUUGAACAUAAUGUUUUUAGUCACAAGCCCAGGGGGUCCUGGGCUGCUUUCAGACUCACCAUAAUGCUCUUCACGUUGCAGGAAAGCCAAAGCGAUUGUAAACCACCCACCCACUUCCUCUGGGCUCUGUCCCAUCGUCCUCUGCUGAGGACAAUGUCCAGUCUUGACUCACUGAUAAAGUUUCUCCCAACUAUUUUGGUUUUUGACACGGUUUCUCUGUGAGACUUUGGCUAUUCUGGAACUCUCAGAGAUCCACCUGCCUCUUCCUCCCACACUGAGAUUAAAGACCUGCACCACUACCACCCUGCUCCUCCCGAUUUUAAAUACACUGGGAUGUCUUUCAGUGUGGGUGCACUGUCCUGGUGUUUCUGUUUCUCAGUACUAGUGAUGCCUGUGAGUAAAGGAUAGACUAGGAAACCAGCCUUCAUCCCUACCCCUUGCUGCAGCAGGCAGUAAGGUGGUCAUUCUCCAGUGUCUUUUCCACCAAGUGCCUAAAGAUUUCUAAGUGGUUGUUAGCCGCAGCCAAUAUUUUUGUUAAGACAAUG